AAUUUUCCAGCUCCAGCUCCAGCUCAGAAGAAAAAGCCAGAUGGAAAUUGGAAAGGUUUAACUAGGGUUUUGCUUUUCCAUUUAUUUUUUCCCCUCAUCUUCAGAUUUCUGGGUUUGACAAUUUGCACUGUAAACACAAGAAAUGUGGAGAAGCAAUUCGCUUGUUAGCAAGGGAAUGAGAUCCUACAGUUAUCUUCUCAAUCCAUUGGUCUCCAGAACCAUCGCAACUCUCUCCUCCUCUCCUUUGAAUCGGGUCCAACACCUAUCCUCCUCCAACGACAAUCUUCACCGUCCUCUUUCUUCUCCGCUCUUCACCACCGCUGUGCGUUUUAUCCGUGCUGGCCGGGAUUCCAACAUCAGUUAUGAGAUUACCCCGCCUGUGAACUGGGGCAUACGGAUUGUGCCGGAGAAGAAGGCCUACGUAAUUGAGCGAUUUGGAAAAUACGUUAAGACACUUCCAUCGGGAAUCCAUUUCUUGAUCCCAUUUGUGGAUAGAAUUGCUUAUGUUCAUUCCUUGAAGGAAGAGGCCAUUCCCAUUCCUGAUCAAUCUGCUAUCACCAAGGAUAAUGUCAGCAUUCUCAUCGACGGUGUCCUUUAUGUCAAGAUUGUGGACCCUAAGCUGGCCUCUUAUGGUGUGGAGAAUCCCAUCUAUGCUGUUAUUCAGCUUGCACAGACCACCAUGCGCAGUGAGCUUGGGAAGAUUACUCUUGACAAGACCUUUGAGGAAAGGGACACUCUCAAUGAAAAGAUUGUGGAGGCCAUAAAUGUGGCUGCAAAGGACUGGGGCCUCCAGUGUCUCCGUUAUGAAAUAAGGGAUAUUUCUCCACCUCGUGGAGUGAGAGCUGCUAUGGAGAUGCAGGCAGAAGCAGAACGUAAAAAGAGAGCUCAGGUUCUUGAAUCUGAAGGAGAGAGGCAAGCCAACAUUAACAUUGCUGAUGGUAGAAAAAGUGCUGUGAUCUUGGCAUCGGAAGCUGCAAAGAUGGAUCAGGUUAACAGAGCAUUAGGUGAGGCAGAAGCAAUCCUUGCUAAAGCACAAGCAACGGCCAAAGGACUUGGACUAGUGUCAAAGGCUCUUAAGGAAACGGGGGGAGUAGAGGCAGCGAGUUUGAAAAUUGCUGAGCAAUAUAUUCAAGCGUUCGGUAAUAUUGCCAAGGAGGGGACAACAAUGUUGCUUCCUAGUGCUACUGCCAAUCCUGCUAAUAUAAUGGCUCAAGCUCUGACUAUGUACAAAAGCCUCCUCGGAAAUGUUUCAAGUAAUACUUCUCAUGAGCCAUCAUCCCCAGAGUUGACUGAAGGCAUAAAGGACUCUGGAGAAGCUAUAGGUAAGAGUACAACAUUCUCAAGUACAGUUGAUUCCAGUCAACUGAACGAACCAAGAUUUUCACUUCAGAGCCCCAGGAAAGGAGAUUAGCCUUGUUUUGAAACGUGAAAGGAUAAUGGGGUUAAUUGCACCGCACCUGUCUACAAACUGAAAUAGAAUGUUACUUUUAGGUUUCAUCAGUUGUCCGGAAAUUUAUUGCAUUGGUUCCAUUUUAAAUUCUCGACUCCCUCAAAGAGGACAAUUGAUAGAUAGACAUUGAUUUGAAGAUUUAUUUUUGCUACAACCUUAGACGUUCAGUGUCAUUUUUGGUAACAGUGACAGGGGAGGGAAGUGAUGAAAAAUUAUACGGUAUUUAUCAUGGCUACCCACUUAAAAUGGUGAGCAUGUUUUAUAUAUUUUUAGAAUUUUCAAAUGAAGUUAGAAAUGUUCCAAUCUCA